AUGCGCGAGGUAAUCCUGGACCUCCUGGAGAACCAGGACCGGAAGGGCCCUGCUGGCAACCCAGGUGCUGAUGGAGAGCCAGGUGCUCCCGGAAUAGAUGGUGAGGCUGGAGCCGAAGGACCUGCAGGAAAUCCUGGAAGGGAUGGCGAGAACGGCGGACCUGGAGCACCAGGACUACCUGGAGUGCCAGGAGAAGACGCGCAGUACUGUCCUUGCCCAGAUCGGACAAUUAUGACCUCAGAAUUAGUAUACCUAUUGAUGGCCAUCGGCCGCGGUUGUUUUCGAGCGUCACGGGACGUCGGUGAUGGCAAUCCAUUUUGUAUGGUUGGUAUUGCAGCAGGCUGA